GCGUCGCGCUUUGGGGUUUUUGUUAAUAGUUUAUGCGUAUAUUUUACGAAAAAUAUGAACAUUUCAGAUUACGAUUCCGAAGAUUAUUCCUCAGGCGAGGACGCAGAUUAUAUACCCUCUGAUGAUAGCCUGAGUGAAGAUGACAUGAACGAAUGCGUGAACGAGGACGGGCUCGAUACCCAGCAAAAUGAACUGCAAUCUAAGGGAGUAAAGAAAAAAAAGAGCAAGAAAGCGGUCGGGAUGAGGAAAAGAAAGAAAGGGGUGUUAAAACUGGAAGACAACAGCAGUAAAGAAAUAAAAGAAGGAGAACCAGGAACACAGGAUGAGGAGCAAGGAGGAGAAGCAGGUGAUGAUCUGCCUGUGGGCCGGGAAGAUCAGGAGAAGAAGAGAGCUGACGAUCUGUGGGCCAGCUUCCUGAGUGACGUCGGGCCCCGGCCCAAGGCUGCCGCCCCAGAGCUCCUUCCCUCCGCUACUGACUCAAAGGCCACUUCGGAAGAGCCGAACGAGGCUGUUGAUGCACCUCUCAGGCUCCAGGGGGACGAGCAUAAGCUGGAAGAACCUGCUAAGGUCACAAUAACAAAGGUUUUCGACUUCGCAGGCGAGGAAGUUCGGGUCACUAAGGAGGUGGAUGCGAGCUCCAAGGAAGCCAAGAGCUUCCUGAAGUCCAAGGAGGUGCAGGAGGAGCCUGAGUCCUGCCCAGACAUGCCUUCUGUAACCUCACCUGGCCCUGGACCCAGCGUGAAGAGACCUGCAGGACUGGGCAACUUCCUGAACCGCAUCGGUGGGAAGAAGCAGAAGAUGAGCACGCUGGAGAAAUCCCGGCUGGACUGGGACGCCUUCAAGGACGAGGAGGGCAUCCGCGAUGAGCUGACCAUCCACAACCGGGGCAAAGACGGAUACCUGGAGAGGAAGAACUUCCUGGAGAGGGUGGACCACCGUCAGUUUGAGCUGGAGAAGAGCGUCCGGCUGAGCAAUAUGAAGCGAUGACAGGAGCUGGCGAGGCCUGACUAAUGGACACACGGGCGCACAGCGCGCGCGCACACACACACACACACACACACACACACACACACACACACACACACACACACAUGCCAGUGCAGCUGCAUCCCGGCGUCCCCUGUUUCCGCUGCCUUCUUCUCCGCGGGUUCCUUUCCACAUUCUCGCAGUCCCACACGAUGCCCCCUUUCCACACAAGCUGUCCCUGAUCCAGCUGGCAGUAUGGGGGGGGGGCGAUACCCCCGCCAUGUGCUCCUGUUCUUCAUUCUGUAGUUUCAAUAUUCUCUUUGAAAUGCUUAAUGUUUUAAUGAUUCUCUAAGCCCCUCCCACAUCACCGACUCAGUGAUUCAGGUAGCAUGUUGUCAUGUGUCAUUUUGUUCUUUUGUUUGUUUUUUUUUUUUUCUUUUAUUGUAUUUUAUACGUGAAACCUAAGUAGAUUCAGCCUCCUUUUAUAAAGGGUGAUAUUAUUUUGGCUGCAAAUCCAGGCUGAUAAAGAUACCAACCCUUGCACCCUAAACUAAGUGUGUUAUAUGUGUGGUAAAUUUAUGCCCAUCUGUUGUGCUAAUCAACAUGAGGAGUAAAACGAAUCUCUAUAAUUUUACCCCCCAGUCUGGCAGAAUUGGAGCAGAUAGUGGGGCGGGGGGGGUGAUGUACCUACAGCAUCAGUCCACCUGUCUUCCCUGUCUAAUAACAGAGUACAGUGCAUUGAAAUUACACAAGGCACUGUAGCAUCAACAGUGAAAUGACAUGUUAGUAUGGUGGCAAACUCUCUGAAACAUACUAAUUCAGGGUCUCUGAUUUCAUGUUAACAGAUGCUUGGGUCCUUCAGUAACAUGCCUGUGCAUUACGUUGAAUGAUUAAUGCUACUGUAUUUUCACUGAAAUUAUGGUGGUUGUUACAGUGAUAUGUGCAAAUGUCAUAAAUGUGUAAUGCUGAGUAAAACAGGCUGUGUGGUUUCA